GGAGUAUGCUAUACCUCUUGUCUCCUCCCACGAGGAUCUAGGGUUUGUCUUCUCCAAAUUUGAGUUGGAUUCACAAAUUGACGAAUUUACCAUCUCUGCAAAUCUCUGAUCUUGCUCUGAGUUCGGAACCCUAGCUCCAAUGGCCAAAACAAGACCAGGGCUCUCUGCCAAGCCAAAACCGGGGAAGAAGGAGCUCGACUCCUACACUAUCAGAGGGACCAACAAAGUCGUUAAAGCUGGGGAUUGUGUUCUGAUGCGUCCUUCUGACACUGGUAAGCCCCCAUAUGUGGCACGAGUUGAGAAGAUUGAAGCAGAUAAUCGGAACAACAUAAAAGUUCGAGUGCGUUGGUAUUAUCGCCCUGAGGAGUCUCUUGGAGGAAGGAGACAGUUUCAUGGAGCAAAGGAGCUUUUUUUGUCAGACCACUAUGAUGUGCAGAGUGCCCACACCAUUGAAGGGAAGUGCAUUGUUCAUUCUUUCAAGAACUACACUAAGCUUGAGAAUGUUGGGGCUGAGGAUUACUACUGCAGAUUUGAAUAUAAAGCUGCUACUGGGGCCUUUAAUCCUGAUAGAGUUGCUGUGUAUUGCAAGUGUGAGAUGCCAUAUAACCCUGAUGAUCUAAUGGUCCAAUGUGAGGGUUGCAAAGAUUGGUACCAUCCUGCUUGUGUGGGCAUGACAAUUGAAGAAGCAAAGAAAUUGGAGCACUUUGUGUGUUCUGAAUGUUCUGAUGAAGAUGCCAAAAGACCACAAAACGGAUUUCAUGCAUCACCAGCGUCUGACAUAAAGGUGGAGCCUAAGCGUCGAAAGGGAUGAGGAUAUCUUGGGAAAUUUUGGUGUGCAUGAAGAACAAUUCUCUUUAUGCAGAUUUAGCUCGUAGAAUGUUGUUGAUGUCUGAGUUGUAUGGUGCAGAAAGUCAUGGUGUGCUCUUCUCUGACUGGUGGAUGUUGUAACCUGUGUUUAUCUUGUGACACACCUGAACCUGUGCUAGUUUUAGGCAAAAUAGAUUCUGUGCAGCAGUCAUAUGUAGUUUCUCAGAUGUUGAACCAUUAAUCUAUGCUGUAGAAAAACUCUGUUUGGGUUCCUUCUCUUUUACUCCAAUCUUAACGUCAGCAGACAUACUCAUUCAAGACUGCCGAGACAAUUCCAUUAAGGUGGAUGGUGUUAAGUCGAAUUGGCUCGAAAUCAUGAUGAUUACCAGCAAUAUGCCAAGCUUUUCUCACUAUUCCCUAGAAGGAUGCAUUUUCUUCGUUGUUUGGUGUGAAACUGAAAUGGCAGGGAAAACAUGGAAGGUAACUGCUGUGAAUAUGAGCAGAAGUGGAAUGUAACUGUUAUUUUUCAAUUUGGGAUGCCAACUACUAAAAUCAACUUUAUUCACAUUAGAAAUGAGGCUAAUUAACCAUUUCUGCGUGGUUCACGAGGGCUUCAGCUUCAAAACUCUCUGCAUUACAAUGAAUACACUCAAAAACU